GUGCAGGCCACUCGUUGACUGUGAGUGACGGCCAUGUUGAGACGAUUGACGAGCAUUAUGAAUCCGAGGAGGAUUCAACUUACCGGCCGGGAACUGAGCCGGUUGAAACCCCAUAUGAUGGGGGGGACGAUGACGUUAGCGAAGAGAGCGAUGAUAAUGACGCUCUCGAGAGGAUUGAGGAAUUGCUUCGGCAAUACCAACAAGAUCGCCAAAGGCGCCGGGCAAGGCGUGCUUCGGUAGGGGCUUCGAGAAGAGGAAGCCGUGCUAGUUUUGGAGGACAUGAGGAACCCCGGGGAGGAAGAGGUGUCGAGGUCCCAAUAAUAAGGAUCUCGAAAUACCUAAAAGAAGCAAGGGAUUUGGGGUGCAAACCGUUCGAUGGAACGGGAGACAUCUCCAUUGCGGCUGAAUGGAUCAAAAGAUUCAACGAGGCGGCCCUUGACAUGCAGCUGCCGCCAAACAUGAAAAUGAGAGUAGCAACGAGGUUGCUAGAAGGCAUGGCGUCCACGUGGUGGGACGGAGUCAAAGGA